AAAUUAUAUAGUAUAUACAUCCUCGUAUACUAUUUUAUUACGGUGUAUUAAAAUGUAAUAAAAUGUACUUCGUCGCUAUCUCUUUUUUCUCUAUCAAAGAAACAGUACUAAAAGUGAAACCUGGAUCAUGGCUCACUGCAAUUCCUUUAAAAGAAAAAGAAACUAUUAUUGAUACCGUAAUAAUCACAGUCCUUUUUGGAAAUCGGUUUCCGCCGUUUUCGACCCUCCCCUUGUGAGGAACAACAGCGAACAACAGUUCAUGUGGCGAACGAAAGUAUAGCGAUUGACAAGCGUCUUCUUCCUGUAACUUUAAACAAAUUGGAAGGUGGAUCCUCGGUGGAUGGACGAGAGUGGUGGGCUGCUCGCUCGUCUCCAUAGCCAUCACGAGUAUAAAACCCGCUUCUGCUUGCGCCGCGCUUAGUCUCGCUCAGCACCGACCUGAUUGUGAAACGACGCUCUUGACAUGGAGGUCCGUAUAAUAUUAUUAACGACGCUGGUGAUGGUAGGAGUUGCCUUAGCGUUUCCGCAAAAAGACGGACAGAUCUUCAGCAACGAGGCUAUAAAACAGGCACAGAACACGUAUCUCAUUCCAAAGGAUGCGACGAUACAAAAAGUACAGGAGGGUAUAGAAUUGGCUGCAUACGAGUCUAUUCCAGGCGAUCAGAAGAUCAAUCUUUUUGAAAUUUUGGGGGAACACGUUCCACCGGAAGUUGUGAACAACCUUCAAUCUCAGAUCGAUCAAAUAGGUCGGAAUUAGACUGAAUCGUGUUUCCUUCAUUCCCAUAGUCGUCGUUUCGUUGUAAAAAAAUAUCCUAGCCUUAAGUUUUCUAACAAAUAUUUAUGUGACGCGAUGUUUUUUCUAAACACUGUACUUUGAUUUUUGUACACUUUUCAUAAAUAAACGAAUAAA